UUAGCCAACAGUAGAAGCAGAACAGCUCUCUCUCUCUCUUCAUUCUUUCACUCUUUAUUUAAGACCAUUGAUUUGUCCCGGCUCUAUCCAGUCCUGUCCUUCCUGUCUGCUCUGCUCUGUUCUGUAUAGCAACCCAACGGCGUUACUUAGUAUUCAGGCUACAUUGGUCUUCUAUUGCCCUAUUUCCCCACGUCGCCCGACACAGCAUCUACCAAGAAUGAACACCUCCAUGGUGAAAUCCAAGUUCCUCUCCAACCCGGAGGACAUUGGAGUGGUGGCCGUCGGCUUUAGUGGAGGCCAGGGCAAAUCCGGCGUGGACGCCGCUCCCUCGGCCCUCAUUGAAUCCGGCCUCCUCGCCCAACUGCAGAAUGAGCUCAACUACAAGCUCCACGGCGACGACAGAGUCAAUGCCUACAACGACCUGGUGCCCAAAGAGGACCCGCCCUACCGCAACAUGAAGAACCCUGGCACCGUGAGCGCCGUGACGCAGCGACUCAGCGAGCAGGUGUAUUCGCACGCUAAAGAGGGCAGGAUGGUGCUGACGCUCGGCGGCGACCACUCGAUCGCCAUCGGCACCAUCGCGGGCACAGCCAAGGCCAUCAGGGAGAGGCUAGGGCGCGAGAUCGCCGUCAUCUGGGUCGAUGCACACGCCGACAUCAACACGCCCGAGACGAGCGACUCGGGCAACAUCCACGGCAUGCCCGUGGCCUUCGUGUCGGGCCUCGCCAAGGAGGAGAAGCCCGAGUACUUCGGCUGGCUCAAGUCGGAGCACAUGCUCAACGUCAGCAAGCUCGUCUACAUUGGCCUGCGGGAUGUGGACGCCGGCGAGAAGAAAAUUCUACGGGAGAACGGCAUCAGGGCAUUCAGCAUGUUUGACAUUGAUCGUCACGGUAUUGGACGUGUCGUCGAGAUGGCGCUCGCUCAUAUCGGCACCGAUACACCCAUUCACCUCUCGUUCGACGUCGAUGCACUCGACCCCAUGUGGGCGCCCAGCACCGGAACUCCAGUUCGAGGAGGCUUGACGCUGCGAGAGGGCGAUUUCAUCUGCGAGAGCGUCCACCUAACUGGAAACCUGGUGGCAGUGGACCUGGUCGAGGUCAACCCGAGUCUCGCAGCAGACCGCGAGGCCGAGGCGAACGAGACCAUCAGGGCCGGAUGUUCGCUCGUACGGUGUGCACUCGGAGAGUCGCUGCUGUAAAAAGCAGUCGUAAGGGGGUGGGUGAAGCUCGUCGACCCAUUUUCAUCGGUAGGUAGGGUUGGGGAAAGGGGGGGCAUUUCCAGGCAGGCUUUAUA